AUGGAUCUUAUGGCAGAAGCUAAUAGUGCACAAGGUCCUCACAUCUCUUUCGAGGAACUCAUCCAUGCGGCCAAAACCUCACGCGCACAUGCCACGGUGUGUUCCGCACGCCAUGAGGACCUGUGCCGAAGUAUUACUGGUAGCCCGGGCAUUGAAAACGAUUACCGCGUUGUGCUUGUGGAUUGCUGUAUCAAGACCACGCCCACAGACCUGCGCUCAUUGGUCUUUUCUUCCGGCAAAGCACCUGACCCGAACAAGCCAGGUCUCAUCAUCUUCACCUCCGGCAGCACGGGUCGACCCAAGGGAGCAGCGAUGAGGAGAUAUAACGUCAUUGCGAUUGCUCUAGCCGCAGGAUGGCGGAAUAACAUCGGACCCGGCUUCACCAGUCUCCAAAGCCUCCCUACGCACCAUGCUACGGGUCUGAUGGUCAACACGGUCCCGACCCUCGUAGGGGGUGGCUGUGUGGAGUUUACGAGCGCCAAACUGGACAUACCGGAUCUCUGGGAUCGGAUCCGGCGUGGAAACAUCACGUCGUUUUCCGCCGUGCCGACGGUUUUCAUCCGCCUCCUGCAACACUGGGACAACGUCCUCAUGGAACUUGAUGUUAAAGAAAGAGAAGAAUACCGCCGAGCACUCUGUAGCAUCGACCAGCUUCAUUGUGGGUCUGCGGCGUUGCCUGUCCAUGUAUCUCGAAAAUGGGCCACGCUGUGUGACGGUCGUCACAUUCUGGAAAGAUACGGCGGAACGGAAUUCGGCAACCCUUUCUCAAACCUGAAGGGAAUGACGUUCGUCCCAGGCUCGGUCGGGAUCAAGAAUCCGGGGACAGAAUCAUAUCUCGAAGGAGGCGAUCAGGGAGAGGUCCACGUCCGCUCUCCAUUCAUGUUUUCAAAGUACAUCAACGAUAUCGAAGGGACUAGGAAAGCCCUUACGGAUGAUGGAUUCUUUAAGACUGGGGACAUUGCGGAGAGAGUGGGAGACCUCUAUUUCCUCAAAGGGCGCAGUUCUGUGGACAUCAUCAAGUCAGGCGGGUACAAGAUCUCGGCCAUUGAUAUUGAGCGCGAGAUCUUGGAGCAUCCGAAAGUUCAGGAAGUAAUCGUGGUUGGUGUCGAUGAUGCAGAGCUUGGUCAGCGGAUAGCAACGGCCGUGGUUUUGAAAGAGGGGCAGCAAUCACUCUCGUUGCCGGAUCUACGAGAUUUCUUGAAGGACAGAUUGUCGUAUUACAAACUCCCCACGGUUCUUCGCGUCGUGCCCGAGUUGAAGAAGACCAACACCUUCAAGGUGCCCAAACUAUUACUGAAGAAAGAAUUGUUUGAGACGGGCCACACUGACCUUCAGUAUUGGAAGCGGGACAAGGCCAAACUGUGA